AUGUCUUUCUUCAGUACUAUAAAGGGAUUUACCAGGAGUUCCAAGAAAAAACAAGAAAACAACCGUGCUUUUAAGGAACCUAAUCUUCCUAAUGAUUCUAAUAUCUCCUUAGCUCAAGGAAGUUUCUAUUCAAAUAGCAAUGCCUCGGGCACAUCCCUGCGGAAAACUCAGUCUCCAUCAAAACAGUCUACAAGAUCUUAUAACUACCAGCAAGUGCAGCCAAAAAACACUGUGUCUGCACAACAAAGCAUGCAACAGUUGGCACAGCCACAAGAUCAAGUUCAAUGUCAAAGUCCGCAAAAUGAAAAGAACUUGGUGAUUCAAAAUCCGCCUUUGUUUAUGUGUGAACCAUUUAUCAAAACGGCUCUUGUUAAAGGUUCUUACAAAACUAUCGUACAAAUUCCAAUGUAUGUUGAUCACUAUGAAUGGCUUGCAUUAAAUGUUUUUGAGUUCUAUAAUCACUUGAAUAAGUUUUACGGGGUUAUUGCUGAGUAUGUAACACCAGAUAAAUACCCUACUAUGACAGCCGAUCCACGAACUGAAUAUGUUUGGAUGAUGCCUAACAGUCGUACUGCUUCUUUGCCUGCCAACCAAUACAUUGAAUAUGCGCUCAAUUGGAUUAGUAACAAGAUAAAUGAUCAAACAAUAUUUCCUACUAAAGCUGGAAUGGCAUUUCCUCCUUCUUUCUUGAAAGACAUCAAGGGUAUUUGUCGUCAAAUGUUUAGAAUCAUUGCGCAUAUUUAUUGGAAUCAUUUUGAAAAAAUUGUCCAUUUAUCUUUAGAAGCCCAUUGGAUUUCGUACUUCAGUCAUUAUAUAUCGUUCAUAAGGGAGUUUGAUUUGUUGGAGUCAAAAGAGCUUGAGCCGUUGUCUAUGUUGAUCGAUAAUCUUGAAGGUCAAGGACGAAUCAUCAAAGUUGAAAAUCAAAAACAUUAA